AUGGAGUCUGCCCGGAUUGAAAGGACCAUUGCUCAAGCUCUGGCAGAUGUUGGGCUGAUUAGUGAUCUCUCGGAUGGUCAUCGAGAGGUCAGUAAACAUGCAGUGAGUUGUGCAUCACCAACAGAGCACGUGUUGGAGAGAACAGAUGCUGAAGUAUGCUCUCAGUUGAAUCAAGCUGAUGACGAGGGGACUACCUUGGAUGAUUUCUCCAGAGUGCUUCGAUGGAUUGAAUGGAGAACUGGUCCCAUUGAUCAACUGAUAUUAAGAGCAGCAAGUAUGGUGGCUGAAGAAGACUUCGCUCUUAAUUGGUUAAAUAUCACAGAAUUACCAGCCACUGAUCUGCUCAACAUUGCCCAUGAGAUGAAUGUGACUAAGAAAAAUCUUGGUCGAACUGACAAAGGAAAGGGCAUAGCAGAUGCACAAGAAGAGGAAGUUGAGUCUGAAUUGGAUCCUACUGCUGAAGCUCAAUUUCAAGAAGAACUCAGGCUUGCCACUGUUUUAUCCUUGGGACAGCAAGUCGAAAUGACGAGAGGUCCAGGAGAAACCUCUAGUGUUGCGAAAGAUAGCAUUGAUCAACCCAUAGCCAUAGCUGCAAUACCCGUGUCCCAGGUUGCUGAUUCUGCUUUGGUCCCUCAUGCAAAUGCUUCGAGAGAUGCUUUUGAUACCUCUGAAGCACAAGGAGUGGCACAAAGUUCAGAUCCACUACUGCCACCGCAUGAGUCCACACCCUCGACACAUGAAGAUGAAGCACAAACUGUUCGAGAGGGUGAAAUUCCGUUGCUCCAACUCCCUGGCUUUCCCAUUGACAUGGAAAUGCCAUCACCAUUCCUGCUGCCUACUGACGAUGCAGCAACAUUUGCAGCAAGGAUGGCUGAUAGAGAAAGUGCUGAGGAGACUGAUGUAGCUAUCGAAGGUGGAAAUAGGGAAGCACCUAUCGACCCUUCAUCUCCAAAACCACCAGUAGAUGACCAAGUUCCCAGCACUGGUUCGAGAGGUGAAGCUGAGGGGGAAGUGCCUUUGGAUGGAAAUCGGGAAGCAUCCAACACAGAAGUACCCUCUCUCGCUGAUCCAAUCCAGUCAGUUGCUGAAGCUGAGAAGAUGGCUCAACUCGAGCGCAUACUGGCUGUUGUUCGAAACCAUGCAAUGCCCGUGGCUGGCACAAGUACUUCUCAAGCUCGCCACGAAGAACUCCUCGAACAGACAGUAUGGGCUGAGGAUGCAGCACAAAAGGCUGCUGAUGAUGCUGCUGUAGCUCGCUCAGAGGCUGAACGCACGAGAGAUGAACUAGCUGAUCUACGAGCUGAAUUUAGAGCCUAUCAAACUUCCAGUGAGCUUCGACAGGAUAUAAUGAAGGCCAUGCUUGACGAUCUGUCGAAUCAAGUGCCUGCCCAGCUUGAAUCACUCUUCGAAGGGCUGACUACGCUCCUUUCCCGUGGUGAUGCUGCCAACAAGGGGGAAAUUAGUCAAAGAGGAGGAGCAAGAGGCAAGAAAAGGGCAGCAAGCAGUGAACCAGCUGGACCUCCUACGAAGAUUACAAAGACAAUAAGCCAACAAAUGGAGGAAGUUAAAAAGGCAGAAGCUGCAAGGUCUUUGUCAGGAGCACUUUUUGUUGAUAUAAAUGUUGAUGGUGCUGAGGGUGCUGAUGAAUCUGAGGUUGGACCUCGAGAGGAGGUUCGAGAAGUUGAAAGCACUGGGAUCAGUGAUCCAGUGCAGGCAGAAACAGAGGAACCACGAGAGGUGGUUCGAGAGAUGGAUAUUCCAGCAGCAGAUGCCAAUGUCUCAAUUCAAGAAGCUGCUGAUGAACAGGGCACUGUGGUCAGGGACCCAGUGCAAAGUGCUGAAAAUGUGGUACAAAUGCGCAUGGAGUCUGCACGGGUUGAAAGAACGAUUGCACAGGCUUUAGCAGAUGUUGGGCUGAUCAGUGAUCUCUCGGAUGGUCAUCGAGAGAUAAGUGAACAAGCAGUGACUCGUGCAUCACCAAGACAACCUGUGUCUGCUAGAUCAGUUAGGACAGAUGCAGAGGCUUGCUCUCAGUUGAAUCAAAUUGCUGAUGAUGUGCCUACCGUGGAUGAUUUCUCCAGAGUACUAAGAUGGAUUGAAUGGAGAACAGGACCAAUUGAACAGCUGAUUACGAGAGUAGCAAGCAUGGUGGCUGAGGAAACUUUUGCGCUUAACUGGUUGAAUCUUACAUCGAUCCCAGCCAAUGAACUCACAGAUCUUGCCCAUGAAAUGAAUGUGACUAGGAGGAAUCUUGGUCGAUCUGAUAAAGGAAAGGGCAUAGCUGAUGAUGCACGAGAAGAGGAAGCCGAGUCUGAAAUGAAUUCAGCAGCUGAAGCUCAAUUUCGAGAGGAAAUCAGACUUGCCACUACUCUAUCCUUGGGACAUCAAGUAGAGGUGACGAGAGGUCCAGGAGAAACCUCUGGUAUUGCGAAAGAUAGCGCUGAAAAUCCCAUAGCAACAGCCGCAAUACCUCUGUCCCAAGUUGAAGACUCUGCUCUGGGUUCUCAGGGAGAUGCUUCGAGAGAUGAGUUCGAGACCUCUUAA